AUCUUUAAUGAAGCAGUUAGACAAAUAUACUCUGUACAUCUUGUGAUUUCCGUUUAAUCGAAGCAAACCUAUUGGCCACGUCAACAUUAGGGAAUUUAAAAUUUCCGAAAAUUGAUUGCAUAUUGAAGAAAAGCAGAAAAAAAAUACUCAAAUACAAAUUUUGGUUUAAAGGAAGGAAAUAUCUUCAAGGCGAAGGACGAAAACAGCACAAAAGCAGAUUUUUGAACAGAUCUUACUUUGGAGCAAAGACCCUUAUAAGAAGGGAGAAAAAUGCUGAGUAUGAGCAGUCUUCCUGAAGAUUUCUCUGUCAAAACACGACGAGCGCAAAACGAGCUUCCUCCAGGACUUGUGCCAACUGCACCAGCAAGAAAGGCCGAUCCUAACUUGUGCAGUGAAGUGGGAGGAACGUACGACAUUGCAAAUAACCAUUCUCCCGUGGAAGCUGCAGAUCUUCGAUAUCGUGCGUAUAAUAAUCAAACGGACAGUAAACGUCACCCUAGUCCACCCCACUUAUACCGCAAUCCAGAUCCAUUCUUGGGUAACGGUACACAAAAACCUGAUUCUUAUCCAGAAAAUAACAACAAUAAUCAUCACAACAGCAACUUGGCAAGAGGGAAAGAUUCACCUAUCAGUCGCCAAGACUUCAGUCAAUCACUCUGCACAGAUAAGUUUGCCACAAACGGAUCUGUAUCUCCACCAGUUGGUCAACAUCCAUUCAUCAACCAAGCACUUAGCAACGGACCAUCAUCUACCGUGAACGACGGCAGUUCAUCGUUUUCUUCAUUCCUCCAGGACACGGAAAAUCAUAUCGGUUUGCAGAUGACAAAUGGAAUGGCUUCUUCCAAUAAUUCCUCUAGUGUAGGAACACCACCCAAACUAUACAGCGACCCGGUCUACGUUAAAGAAGAACUAUCAGGAGCGCUUACUCCGCCAGAUUUAGCAGUCAGUGCGGAUCAAAGUUCAGAAAUCGUUACCGACGCAACAUCUACCAGAUCUCAUAGCCUCACAUCCAUGGCGCCAUUUCAGUCAUCACAGCCUCCCCAAAAUUUGACUUCCACUUCGUCUUCGUCAAUUGACUACACAAUGUCUUCAUCCGCAUUCAGACCUCCCCAUUCUACAUCAAGCCAAGAUUACUAUCACAGUCAAAUGAGCGCCUCUUUCUCAGGUGCUUUCAAAAGAGAAUCUUCGAACACAAUAAGAGGCAAUGCGUCGAUUUCUUCUCCGAGCGAAACAACUCGUUCCAAUUCAAGACCAACAUCCGCCAGCAUGCCACCUCCUCUACAAAUGACGGAUACACUCGCAGCUGCUGUCAGUGGAAUAACUUCACAUCCCUAUACAGCUGCCUCAUCGUUUUCUUCUUAUCAUGGUGUUUCACGACCUGAUUCUGAAAGAACAAACACCCCGACUGGUGCUGCAGGCUCAUACGGCCAGAAUACUUAUUCAUCCGCUCCCCCGCCGCUAGUACAAAGCAACGACAACAUACAACAGCAACAACGAUCCGAUGCAGAUCCACAGAAGAGAGUGAUUGUACCCGCAGAUCCUCUGGUAUGGUCUUGUGAACAUGUUCAAGAAUGGCUUGGAUGGGCAAUCGCCGAAUAUAAUCUCCAAGGUGUAAAUACAUCUUCCUUUGCCUCCUUCGAUGGGCGUCAAUUGUGUCAACUAAAUAAAGAUCACUUUUAUAGUUUAACAAGCCAAGCUAAUGCCGAUGUUCUUCUUGGACACCUGAGUUAUUUGAGAAGACCAACAAGUCUCUUGCCAAAUCUUAGUUCUGACGAUGUUGAAGACGUUAUACACGGAGGUGGUGCUUUCCGAUACCCAGGCAUGUCCAGAAGUUCAUCAUAUGACCCACCUUACGAUAUGAUGGGGCCAUCAAGAUCCCCACGAUAUGUUACAAGCACCGGGGAAAAAGUUGAUCCAUACCAAUUGUUUGGACCCACAAGUGCACGAUUAUCUAAUCCUGGUAGCGGUCAGAUUCAACUAUGGCAAUUUUUGCUAGAGCUGUUGAGCGAUCCGGCAAAUUCAACCUGUAUUACAUGGGAAGGUACAAACGGGGAAUUCAAGAUGGUAGACCCGGACGAAGUUGCACGCCGGUGGGGCGAACGAAAAAGCAAACCAAAUAUGAACUACGACAAACUGAGCAGAGCAUUAAGGUACUACUAUGAUAAAAACAUCAUGACCAAAGUUCAUGGAAAAAGGUACGCUUACAAAUUUGACUUCCAAGGACUCGCCGCAUCAUUGCAGCCACAACCCGAUCAUACACCAUUCACAUACUCCAGAGAUAUGCAUUUCAUGACUCCCGGUUAUUCCUUUGCCUCGCCAGUGCCUCCAGCACCAAUGACAAUGCAUCAUUCGAGAGGAAUUCCCGGCAAAGGAAGUUAUAGACACCAUCCUCCGCCGGCGUUGAAUUACCCUUCACAUGCUCAGGGAAUGGCUCCAGAUCCACAGCACUAUUCAGCGUGGUCAUCAUCUGGGCACGGAAUGGGAUAUUCCAGUAGUUCACUGAACCCACAUCCAAAUCAACCACUGCCUCAGACUUCGUAUUACAACUGAACCCAAAUACGUAUAUAUUUCGAUGCUGCGAAAUACGGGUAAAUUGCAAGAACGGAUGUUCCAACCUUAGUUGUUCUGAAUCAAUAUAAUUUGCAGAUGACUAGAAAGUAAGGUGCUGAUCAAAUAAGAGCUGCUUUAAAUUCAAUCACUGUCAAAAUAACAAGCUAUUUGUGCAAGUUUUAAAUUGCAUUUGUUCAUCAGUUAAUAUGCCACCUGGUCGGUCAAACGCUUAUGAAAGGUGGAUAGUUCCAUUAUGGUGCCUUAAAAAUUAUACUUAUUAUUUUUAAUAUUGUUUUUAAGUUACGCACAGGAAUAAUUAUGGUUAUUUUUUGUUUGAAUUUUUAUAACUUAUAUGAAGAAUGGCCUGUCUCGUUAUUACUUUGCUGUUUUGCGUUAUUACUCUUUUCUUUUAAAUAUCAAUGACUAGUGCCUUUAUUUGUGUAUUUCUCAGAAGCCAAAAAUGUUUAAUAAUUUGACAUUCCAAAAUAAAAAUAUUUCGUUUAUUUUCAACGUGUUGAAAAUUAUCUUUAUGCAAUCUAUCAAGUGCAUUGCGACAUUCCCGUAGUUUUGCUCCGUGUAUUCUUCAACUUGUUUGUAUUUUUUAUUCUUAGUUGGUGCAUUCUUUUUUUUAGACAAGGGACGUUUUAUAUAGUCUUUAAUUUGUCUAUAAGCUUCCUAUUGUAAAGGACAAAAUUUAAAACACCAUAAAUGUGUGUUCACUCUGAGUUCAGUGUGUCACUUGUGGCUGGUGUAAAUAUUGUCGGCACAAUAUACCAUUUGCUAUUAUGCCAGAAUGCUUACUUAUCUACAUGGUGAAUGUAUUAGUAUUUUUUCUGGCUCUAACUGGAUUAAAGUCGUCCAUAAUUACGGCGUAUAUUCUAUAACAUUUAGAAUAAAACACUGUACACUACAUAAAAUAUCACUGAUUAAUUGGCCAAACGCCAUGCACGUUAAUGGGGUUGAAUGGGAAAUUACACGAAACAGUUCUGGCCCACAUGUAUUGCAUUUGUUCUAUCGUCAAAUUUCUAUUUUUGAUGUUUUAAAACUUUUUGUGAGUUUAUAUAUAUGUGUACCAUCCUAUGGCCAACUAAAAUUUAACUGCUGAACUUGGUUUUCGCAAGAGAGAUAUACUUUGAAAUAAUCCCUAUCUUUAUAGGAAUUGCCAGAUAAAGUGCUAGAAUAUUUGUUUUUCGUAAUUUUGUGUUUCGCCAAAGUAAAGUAAAAGAAAAUUUGAA